GAGUAGAUAGACAUGAGGACAGCUCGUCGUCUUGUCUCUGUCUGUUGACCGACGACUUGUCUUGACGCUGGUCGACUGGACGAUCCAACGGACCCGCAUAUCGCCCUCUCCAGAGUUGGCGACACACAUGAAAGACUUGUGGCGCGGCUGAUGCAAACAUCCGGGCUUCUACGUUUGUACCAUCGCUAUCUUGAAACGCAGUCCGAGGUCAAUUCAGUCACACCCUUGCCCAGCUGAAGACGAAUUGCCAGACUAAUCGCGAGUCUGUCGUCUUUGGUGCACGAUGCACAGCAUGACGGCACCUCCGCCCACAUCUUCUGCGCAUCCUGCAGUGUCUGCAGCAGCUCCGUCGCCCGCCAUGAGCUACGCCCAUUCCACCGCCAGCGACGCGGCCUCCCUUGCCUCGGCUACCACCUUUACAACAACACCGCCCUUUGUCGCCAACGUCAAGCCUGCGCCCGAGUACAUUUCGCUUUCUAGUGCAUCGCAGCUUGCUACCGACGUGGCAGACGCUCGCGCCGACGAGGAUCAGACAUGGCGCCUUCACCACAGAGCGACCGUGGCAGAGAGCGCUGUUGCUUCUGUCAACCAAUUCCUUGACCGUCAGCUCUACGAAUACAUCAGUGUCGCGAGAACAACAAAUCUGAACGCCUUGAAGCCUGCAGUCACCGAAGUCCUGAAGAAGAAUCUCGCCCGGGACGCAAUCGCCAGCGCCCAGGAUAACCUCGAAGACUUGCUCGCUCUGCAGGCAGAUGACGAGUUUAACGAGGACGUGCGCCCUUCCAGCCAGUCGAACGCUAGAUUCAACCUCGAAUUCACAUGGAAGAGAUCGCGCCUGAGGGUCAUGAUGCGCACAGAAAAGAGCGAGUUUGACAUUGAUGAUGAUGAGCGCUAUGUGCGUGAGGAGGGCUUAAACACAACCUUUUCAGAGACGGCCGGCGUCAUCAGUCUGGCCUCUGAGAUCUUCUUGGCCGGUGUGCUUGAUUAUCUGGGUGACACAGUGCUUACUCUGGCCUCUCAAGUCGCCCUUACCCGCAUCCAGCGUGCAGGCAGCACUUCUACCCUGGCCGAGAACAACGACGAAGUCACGUACAUCCUCGUCGAGGACGCCGAUUUGGAGAGAGCCAUCCUUAAUUCACCUCUCGACCGCCAAUGGCGCGCGUGGAAAAAGUCUGUUCGCAUCUUCAAUCGCUCUUCUCAUCAAAGUCAUUCUGCUGCGAGCAGUCCGGUCGUUGUGCGCCGGGGCAGUCUUUGGGACCGCAUCCCGGACCGCCCGGAGAACCACUACCCAGAGCACGUCUUGGCUUCAAACAUUCCAUUGCCUGAAAAUCAGCGCGACGUCGAUGAGAUUGAAGUCCCAGGUCUUGCCAAGGAUCCAGAUCUUCCAGAAUCCGCUCAGCAAUCCUACGACGCGCCUCGUUUCUACCGUCCGCAAAGUGCCAGUUUCGGCGCAAACAGACAAUACCGCUCCGGCAGCCUUGUCAAGUCUCGCCCAGUCUCGGUCCCGCUCCCAAUCACGACUCCCCUAGUCGAAGCACCGGGAGCCUGGCCUACCGACACACCUGCUGCAGAGAUCGUUGACCCCACUUCGCGCUUUGCCGAAGGUCAAGCUGGAGAAGGUCUUCCUACUGUACAGACGUACGACUCGGAAAGACCAGAGUCAAGAGACAGCGCACACACCGAAAAGGCUUCUGUCUCGUCUCAACCCACCAGCUUGGACGAUCGUCUCCCUGCUAUGAAGGUUGUUCAGCGACCUAAGAGACUCGCUAUCUACGGCCCCUCAUCAGCUAGAUAUACCCAAGCAUUCAACCUCUCUCAAGAAGGUUUGGAACUUGCAGCCGAUCUUGACCGUCCGUUCAGUCCUGAGGACUUCCUGGCAAGCCGCAAUCUGAGCGGAUCCCACUCAGGAUUGACUCCGACCACCGACGAGAGCAAGUCACAGACACUGGAACCUCCUGCUGAGCUUUCUGCUGAACGUUACGAAGAAAGUGACAGUGCUACUGAGACUGAGAGUGAUCCUGAGCAGGCCAUUGGAACGGCUGUCAGUUCUCCUCGCCAUGACAGAAGCCUGCCGACGAGCCCGCUUGCAAGACAAUUCCCUGGCCUGGGGAUUUCGAGGUCUGGUUCUGAUGCCUCUUCCAGACGUGAAAGAACACCGAUCCACGAACAACGUGUGUCAGCCGACUUUAUGAGAUCCAGAAGGACUUCCAAGCUCACCGACUCCGACUCGAGUAGUCCUGGCAAGAGAGGAAGUUUGCGCCAGAUCUCAACGACCUCACACAGAGAGAGUCUUGAUGAGAGGAAGAAGUUCCCCACAUCGUCUAUGACCUCCGAACUAGAUUUUGAUGCCCUGCUUCAAAGAGACGAGACAAUCAAAUACACCUUGACGCCCGAAACGGUGAGAGACAUGCCCGACAGACCUUUCAGUCCUCACGCCAGAGUGAGAAAGCAGACGCUGUUCCGCUCGAACUCGAGGGAGAACUUCAAGAAGGACAGUGACGCCCAAUCCGUGCGAUCAAAUCGUAGUACGACUUGGUCACUCGGUGGAUCGAGAGACAAGAAGGAGCCCAAGCCGAUUGAAGAGACCAGAAGAAAGACUUCGAUCAGUCGUCCUUCCCCUCAAAAUUUACACGCCCUACCUUCCGGACAGGUUGCUCGUGAGCCAGUCAUGCAGACUGAAUCUACCAGAGACUUCGCCGACUUCAUCCGAUCCACUGGUCCAGACAAGGAACCGAACCCUGUUGUUCCCGGUCUUGCUGCAAGCCGUAGUAUGUCAUCUCUUCGUGCCACAGCACAAGCUCAAGCCGCAAGUGCGAGAGAUGCUCCUCCUUUGCCCAAGUCAGGCACUGCUGGAGGCAAGUACAUUCCCAGGAGCCCACUUGGACCACCGCCCAAGCGUGUAGGAAACCGACCAAGCUUGAUGGCCAGAGGAGCGACUGGAUCAUCUGAUAACAACAGCGAUCUGAUUGACUUCAUUCGAGGCGGUCCUCCCGGUCCUGGCGGCAAGGCUCGCAUUCCCAACAACAUCGCACCUUUCGCUGAGUGGGAAGGUGAAGAUGGAGGAGAUCUUCGCACAACAAUCACUGGUGCAUCCGAGAUACCCCGUUCGUCCACUACAAAUCUUAAUAGACCUCUUACAUCUUCAACAUCGGACUCACGUACAGGUCUUCUGAUGAAUGGAUCGUCAAACAUCAACUACGGCAGCAACAACACACCAAAAUUACCUAUGUCGCCUUUGACUCAGCCCAGCUCACCUUCCAUGAAUCUGGUCGUGCCUAACGUACGCCCCACUGUGUCCGGCGAUGGUCGCACGAGAAGCAGAAUCAAGGACCCUUACGCCAUUCCUGAUGAUUCUGAUGAUGACGAUGAGGAAGAUGUGCUCGCUGCUUUGCCAGGUGUAGGCACUAACGGUGCUAGUGUCGGCGGUGCAGAAAAGCCUCGCGCCGGCUCAAUUACAAGUAUGCAUUCUUCAGCUGGUCGCUCACCAGCUAUGAGCAACGGCAACACUCCCACUUUGUCUCCCAACCCAGGAUAUGACCCCAGCAUCCGAAGUGUGCGUUCAGCCACUUCAACUACCGCAGUCCGACCCGCGCACAUUACUUCCCAGAUCUCAAGCGGCUAUAUUCCUCGCAGCAACAAGCCGAAGAUGGAAGUUCGCUCAGCCGGUGUGGUCAAGAAUACCAGACUUGAUCCUUUCCAUUCUUCUGGUACCAGUGAUCUCGCAGAUUUCCUCAUGUCUUCCGGACCCCCAGAGCCGCCGCAAAGACGUGAACCAGCACCGGCUCCUUCAGUCGGCGCCCGCGGCAAGUCUGACAAACCGGAGAAGAAGAAGAGCAAGUUCUGGCAGCGCAAGACUACCUAUGUGGAUAUGCCUUGAUCGAGUCAUCUAUCCUUUCUCAAGACUUCUUUUCGUAUUUCGUUUUUUCUUUUGGUUCUCUUUGUCCAUGUUGGAGUAUUUUCCAAAGAUCAAAUACAGCACAGGUGUCGUGGCAGCGACAGCGCAAAAUGCAACACACGGCGUUUUAUUAGGUUUGGGAAGUGGUUUCAGAAGAAAGCUUCCAUGUCUCUGUUUGUUAGACACGAAAAUGUCCACCAAACCUUCUGGAAGCUUUUUUUCCAGAUUGAAACAGAUGGAGCUUGACAAGGUUUUCUUUGCGAAUUGUCUUUGGGCGCGCGUAGGUGACAAUGGAUACCCCCUUGUUUAGUUGUACAGAAUAGACAACCAUUUUCUUUGA